AAAAAAAAUAUUUUUUUAAAGUUUAGAAUAUUCACUUAGAAAUCUUUAAUCUUAAAGCCUAAAAAUGAUAGAAAAUAUUUGGUUGAUAUUUAAGUUUUGCGAGCUUAUUGCGAGUAUAUGCGGAGCCUACUUUCACAUUGUUGGUUCUUUAAACCAAAUGGAACCACUGCCGCAUAACUCGCUAUACUGUAUCACCUACAUAGGAUUUUCGAUUUAUAGUUUAUAUGCAAUCGUCAGUACAUAUUUUGGAGAGACGAUUAGUGCAUUAGGAGAGGGCAUAAUUGCAUCGAUUGGAGUUGUACUAUUUUUCAUAACAGCAAUAUGCUCAUUAUCGCAUAUGGAAUCAGAUCUUCAUUUAUUACAUCUGACACAACUCGAAGAGGUCAAGCAUCCAUACUUUCAAACUACUCUCAGUCAAAGCUAUUGCUCGCUCGUAGCUGGUGCAAUUUUUCUGCUUCACGCCCAGCUAGCAUUCGACUAUAUGGUAACAAGAAAGAGUGGUUAUAUCGAAACUGAGGAGGCAACAUGGGAACCUCCUUUGGAAAUCGUUUUUUUCAGUGAAAAUUUUCAAGAAAAACUUAUGAAUACGGCUGUGUACCGCAAGUUCAUCACAAUAUUAAAUGCACAUCAAACACCAAGUGCAGUUUAACGGAUAUUCAGUGAAGUUAAAUGAAUUGUAAUAAUUAAUUUAAUAAUGGAAUAAUGUAUAUUCCAUAUGUGAAAGACAAUAAUAACA